GCCCACACAGCCCAAGGAGCUCUGUUCAAGAUGGACGAUGUCUAAUCCUAAACCAAUUACGAAUGCUAAUCUAAGGAGGCCAGAUAUGCAAACUGCUCCCUAAUCUGGGGAGAACAGCCUGAGUGAACCAGGGGUCCUGGGGAGAAACUUGUUUCACAGGGGCAUUUGCAUUUACCACAUCCGGGGAGGUCGGUGUUCUCCUGUUGUCCCGCCCCAUUCUGCCUUAAACUGGGUGACCAGCCCCAGCACAACAGCAGGCCAAUGGGCUGAGGACAAAAGAAAGCUACUUUCUCAUCUACCUUCCAUCUGUUGGACCUGGGCCUAAUCUCUGGGAUAAGGAUGGCGGGUGCAAAGGCGGUCACGGGCCCUGGCACCCCUCUUCGCUUGGCACAGCAACGCAGUGGAGUCAGCAGUGUCAUAGUGAGUCCUCCCUUCUAUCAGGUGUCCUGCUGUGGGCCUGUCCCCUGGACCUGCUGCUGCCUUCAUUCUAGGUGGCCCCCUCUCACAGAGUCUCCCUGUAGCCGCCUGUUCUACAUCCUCCUCCAUGUAGGGGCCUCAGCAGUCUGCUGUCUCCUGCUGUCAAGGACAGUUGUGGAAAGAGUCUGGGGCAAGGCACAUGGGAUCCAGAUGCCCUCAGAGCUGUGUGCGCAUCUGUUUGGCCAGUCUCACUGCCCGGUGCUCAGCGGCUCUGGGGCUGUGUACCGAGUAUGUGCAGGAACUGCCACCUUCCACCUGCUGCAGGCUGUGCUGCUGGUCCACCUCCACUCCCCCACAAGCCUGCGAGCACAGCUGCAUAAUAGCUUCUGGCUCCUCAAGUUGCUGUUCCUGCUAGGUCUCUGUGCUGUUGCCUUCUGCAUCCCUGAUGAGCAUCUCUUCCCAGCCUGGCAUUAUAUUGGCAUCUGUGGAGGCUUCACAUUCAUCCUGCUGCAGUUGGUGCUUAUUACAGCCUUUGCCCAUUCCUGGAACAAGAACUGGCAAACAGGUGCAGCCCAAGACUGCCGCUGGUUCCUAGCUGUGCUGCUGACCACCCUCGGAUUCUAUGGCAUGGCAGGUGUAGGAGCUGUGCUCCUGUUCCACCACUACACACACCCAGCUGGCUGCCUGCUCAACAAGAUGCUGCUUAGUCUGCACCUUUGUCUCUGUGGCCUUCUCUCCUUCAUCUCCAUCGCUCCCUGCAUCCGCCUCAAGCAAGCCCGCUCUGGCCUUCUACAGGCCUCUAUCAUCAGCUGCUAUAUCAUGUACCUGACAUUCUCUGCACUAUCCAGCCGUCCUCCAGAGAGUGUAAUCCUUCAAGGACAGAAUCACACUCUGUGCCUGCCUGGCCUUAGUAAAACGGAACCCGAAACACCAGAUACUUCUCUGGCAAUGUUGAGUGCUGGCAUCAUGUAUGCUUGUGUGCUUUUUGCUUGCAAUGAGGCUUCCUACCUGGCUGAGGUAUUUGGGCCCUUGUGGAUUAUCAAGGUUUACAGGUAUGAGUUCCAGAAGCCCUCACUCUGUUUCUGCUGUCCUGAAACCAUACAGCCAGAAGGGCAAAAAGGUGGGGCUGCCUGGCUAGCUGACCAAGAGACCUCUCCAGCUCCUCCAGUGCAAGCCCAGCAGCUUUCCUACAGCUAUUCUGCCUUCCACUUCGUCUUCUUCCUUGCAUCACUCUAUGUCAUGGUUACCCUUACCGACUGGUUCAGCUAUGAGGAAGCAGAACUGGAAAAGACCUUCACCAUGGGUAACUGGGCUACCUUCUGGGUCAAGGUUGCCUCAUGCUGGGCCUGUGUACUCCUCUAUCUGGGGCUGCUACUGGCACCACUCUGUUGGUCCCCCACCCAGGACCCCCAGCCGCCUCCUAUCUUCAUACAACACUGUCAUCGCAUCGUAUCGCCAGAUAACAAAUAUCCAGUUUAAGUACUUAUAACAAAUUGGGGUUUCCUUGAAGCUGUACUCCCUAAUCCUGCCUCUUGGGAGCUAUUCAGCCCAACAAAUACCUCAAGGACACAAUGGAUAGUUACCUCCCUCGAGGCUGAAGUCAGUCCUAUGUCUGAAUUUUAAAGCAUGCCCAUACACACCCUAAUGCCCUGGGCAGAGCAACUGACUCACUGGAGCUACCGUUACAUCUUCACCCCAGCUCAAGAGCCUGACUCUCAAGUCAGCAGCUCAGGAACCACUACUGAUCCCAGCAGACAGUCUGGCACCAGCUCUUUCCUGGCUUUCACGGUGGAGAUGGGGGCAGGGAAAGACCAACAGGGACUUAAGACUUACUUGGCUCUGCCCUUGCAGAUAAAAAGGAAAAUAAGCAGUUUAGCCCUAGGAAUGUAAGAAGCCCAGCACCCUAGAACAAACCAGGACACAGGAAGAAAGGAGCAGAGACUACCCUAGGUUUUAAUCCUGAUUUGAGGUAAAAGGAAAUGGGAAGACAAAAACCACCUUCAUUCCAUGAGGAAUGACAGAAGAGAAAUGUGAACACUUGAGACUGGCUGACCAUGGGAAGUCAGUGAGCAGCAGGAUCUGGGCCAACUUUUAAGCAGGCAAACAAACUGAGGAAGAAUGAGGAAGAGGGGCAUAAACUUAGGUCUUGGAGCCCUCCUUCUUAGGACCCCAACUCCAUCCUUAGGAUGGUGUUCAAGGUCUGAGUGGGGGACAGAAAUCACAGAAAAGAAGUCCCUAAAGUUCUUAGAGGAUUUCUCUACCACAUACCUAGAAUAUUUGUCUGUUUGUUGUAGUACAAUAAAAGGUUUUUUCUGUGAUGUUUCACUUAAUCUACAUACCCACAACCUUUAGCGUCUAAAGUUCUCUCCCCUUUUGGUGGGAAAGGGCAGCCAUUCCUCCA